AACCUCCACAAAUGACCUCAUCCCAAACUAAAACCCCCUCUUUUGUCACUCUAAUUUAAAUGGAACCACCACCUCCGCCCGCUCCAACACCCUUACCCUCCGCACAACCACCUGCUAUACAGUCAACUGACCAAUCUCCCUCCCUUUCGCAACCCCAACAACCACCGCCUCAACCACCUCUACCAUCACAACUAUCACAACCACUUCCUUCUCCCUCUCUUCCACCACCACAACCUCAAUCACAACCACAACCACAACUACCGCAACAACAACCCCCUCCUCCUAACCCUAAUCUGAACCCCACAAAUACACCCCAACCUUACCCCCAACAACAGCAACAACAACAACAUCAACAAUCAAAUAACAGGGUAGCACCCUUUAAUAACAGACCACCGUGGUCUCAAUUUUCUUCUCAAUUUCAGUCAUCUGCUUCUCCGUCUACUUCUUCUUCUGCCGGCCCUCUGCCGCCUCUGAGGGGUGGCAUUGCAAUCGGAGUUCCUGCCCACCACCCUCCUUCAUCCGGUCCUUCUCAACCGUCCGCCUCAUUUUCCUCUACUUUUGGUGUUCAGUAUGGUGGGGCUCUUCCCCGUCAGUCUGUCAGUCUGCCAGAUCCUUCUGUUGUCUCCUCUUCCUCCCCGUCGCCAGCAAGGUCUAUAACGCAUGGAUUGCCAAGCAUGGGGAUGACAUGCUCUCAAAUACGGCCUGGCGGGGUUCCGCCUUCUGCGCUUCAUCAACAAAGACCAAUUCAGGCAGCAUCAGGAAUUAGACCUCAGACAACUUCCAACAAUUUGGCUUCUGUGCCCCAGAAUUUUCAAGGACAUGGCGUGCUGAGGGCCUCCUCUGUAACUCCUCCAAGUACGUCAAUGUCUAGUAUAUCACAAAGCCAGCAGUCUCCACAUCAGCCAUGGUUAUCUGCCCCACAGGGGCGCCCCCCUUUGCCAUCUCAGUCUUUUAGACCCCAGGUGAAUGCCCAACCAUUGCAGCAGAGAUCUCAUAUCCCUCAGCAAUCACCUCAGCUUGUCCAAGCAACUUCCCAACCACAGCAAUUGCUGUCUUCUCCGCAACAACAUCAAUUAUUGCCGUCUCAACAACAUCAAUUAUUGCCGUCUCAACAACAUCAAUUAUUGCCGUCUCAACAACAGCAACAGCAGUUUUUGCCUUCACAACAACAGCAAUUCUUGCCGUCGCAACAACCACAACAUUUCUUAGCAUCAAAUCAGUUACAAGAGAAUAAUGGACAGCAGCUCCCGUCAUCUAGAGUUUCACAACUUUUAGCUAAUCAACAACAAAUUAUGAGGGUGCAGGCAAACCAGAAGCCUCCCUCGACUGCAAUUGGCCAAGCAAGCAUUGUCCAUUCUGGCCCAAUUGAGAUUACAAAUGCUAUAGAAAUUUGUGAACCUUGUACCACAAUCCUCAGCAAGAGAAGCAUCCAGGAGCUUGUCAAUCAGAUUGAUCCAUCUGAGAAAUUAGAUCCUGAUGUUGAAGAUGUUCUGGUCGACAUUGCUGAAGAUUUUAUUGACUCGAUUACGACGUUUGGUUGUUCAUUGGCGAAACAUAGGAAGUCAAAUACAUUGGAAGCUAAGGACAUACUGCUGCAUCUAGAAAGAACUUGGAAUAUGACCCUUCCUGGGUUUACCGGAGAUGAAAUCAAGACCUAUAAGAAACCGGUUGUUAAUGAUGUCCACAAAGAGCGCCUAGCACUGAUAAAGAAAUCUCAUGCAGGAGCUGACCAUAAAACCUCUGCUGGACCGGCUACCGGAAACGUUAAAGGGCAUUUGGCUAAAGCAACUCCAAAUGUCGUGGGAUCUUGAGUCUCGUCUCUGUUUUCGUUAAGGUUGGAGACAUCAACUCUUGAAGCUCGAAGAAUUUGGCAUGAUAUUUUGGUGAUGCAACCAAACUCCAAGCUCCUAAAGGCCUAAUGUUGGGAAAACAGAUGCUGUAUUUCUACAUGGUUUGUAACUGUCUGAUCUUCCAACUUCCACCGGAUAGCGUCUGUGCCUUAGGGGGGGAGGGGGAAUUGUAAAAGAAAAGAUGAGAUAAAGGAAGGCAAGGAAGAGUUAUGUUGCAUUCUAAUUACCAAAUUAUUCAGAGUAUAGAGGAGGGAGAUAUUUCAGGGAAAUAGGAAUGACAUGAUAACUCUUAGUUACAGCAUUUUAAAAUAUUGGUGGCAUACUGGCGUGUACUCUGUGAAUGUAGGAAGAUGCGGAGGGAGAGUGCAGAGGGAAGAGCACCAAUUGUUUUUGCUCUUUGUAUUGUGCUGUAGCUUCGUCUAUUUAUGUAUAUGGAUUCGGAAAGUAAUAUGAUCUACAUUAUUACUGAUA